AUGACCACGUCAGUGUUUUAUUGCUGGUAUUAUCCAGGCUAUUAUUGGGAAUUGGAGGACACUACUUUUGCCUGGCUUAUAUUUGGUAUUACAACACUUGCCUCUCCCGUAAUCGUUCUUCUCAACGUGUUAGAAAUCGCGGCCGUGAGCAGGAGGAGAGAUUUGCAAAGAGCGUCGACUAUUCUGUUGUGCAGUAUGGCCUUUGCAGACAUACUAAUUGGUGCUGUAUCCAUGCCGUUAACUUCUGUCGUUGAUUUAUUGAUUGUUCACCAAACUUUUCUUCACAAAGUCUGUAUAUUAGACCUCAUGGGACUUGCUGUCAUGUACUUUGCAUCCACCUCUGUGCUCUCUCACUUGACCGUGAUUGCAUGGGAAAGGUAUAUGGCAAUCAAGAAAUGGAGAAAAUAUAAAUUGAUCGCGACAAAACGUCUUGCGAAGAAACUUGCGUUACUCGCUUGGUUACCGGCGAUGUGCGUAGCACCACCCUACAUUUUAGCGGGAGCCAAAAUAGAUGUUGGCUGGUUUGAAAAAUUCUAUUUACCCUUUCAGGGUGUUUUUUGGGGAUCUGCCGUAAUAGUAACAGUUUAUUUUUACCUUAUGGUCUACCUUCGAAUACGAAAACUACAAAUUUACCAGCUCGACCCUAGUUGCGCUCUACCCAUGGGAAAGCAGAAAAUUAGAAUUGCUAAGACAACUGGUUUCAUAACGGGAAUCAUCAUUUUAUUGUUUCUUCUUCCCGUUGCAUUAGAGAUUUUAGGAAAAUUUAGCGCAAUUUUUCAGAAAAGUUCCGUUUUCCGUUUGACAGAGACAAUCAUGCAGCUUAACUCUUUAGCAAAUCCAUUGAUUUACUACUAUAGAGAUCGCCGCUUUAGAAGUGCUAUCUUUGAAAUGCUACGAUUAAAAGAAUCCGAGAAAAACCAGCCAGCUUAUGGUGCUGCGCCAGAAUUGGUUGGAGAAAUCAAACCUGAAAGACAUAGAUCAGUGGAAAUGUAUGAAUUACCACCACAAAAUACCCGGACUUAA